AUGCAUGUCGAUCUCAUUGAAUCAUCCUGUACCAACAGUAUCAUGCCAACAGUCUACACAUCCAAUAAUGAUCUAUUCAUCUAUUCAAGUCAAACCAAGUUACACGUAUUCAACAAGCAGACAUCAACAGAAUCACAGUAUAAUUUUGACAAUAUUUCAGCACUAUUAAUCCAAAAUGAUCAAUUAUACGUCUGUACCAAUUGCAUCAGCAUAUUCAACAUAAGCAGUAUGCAACUGAUCAACACCAUCAACAUGAGUAGGACACAGAUCACAGCAGUGGCAGUAGAUGAAACCAGAAUAUGCGUAUCAAAAACGGACAUGAAAAUCAUUCUUUAUAGGAGCAAUAACUGUGACAAGAUUGCCACUUACUCAACUGAAUUCAUUCCAGAACGUAUUAUGCUAGGCAGACUCUAUUUUGGGGCAUAUAAUGGUGAUAAUGCAGUAGUAUACAACUAUAAGGGAAGUAGAAUAUUUGAAAGGAAGAAUAGCGAGGAAGAAAUAGACUUGGUGGAAGAGAGAGGGGAAGAUGUGGUGAUUCAGAGUGGGAAUAAGGCGUAUUAUGUGAUAGAACAGAAGAAAGAAGACUGUAGUGAAAUGGUACAAAAUACCACAAAUAAUAUUAGGGAUGAUGGUAAAAUACUCAGUUUCAAUGAGAACAUGACUGGAAUGGUGGUUUGGAAUAACAUGGUGGUUACGUCAACAAAUGAUGGGGAAUUACGAUUUGCUGAGAAGUUAGGAAGCAUCUUUGAGAGCAUAAAAGUAGUGGAAAUAGGGGCAAAUAAGCUUAUUUCUUGCAUGAAAUGUAUUGAUAACAAGUUGAUGAUUUCAGUAGAAAAUAAGUUGUACGAAAUGGAUCAGAAUUACGCCCUGAAUGUGAUAAUGGAAGCAGAAGACGAAAUAGUCGAAUUUGAUUGUGAGAGUGAAAAGGUGGCUGUUGGACUGAGGAAUAACACGGUUGUUCUCAACAACAGUAUUUUGGUUGGACUCGAUAACUCAAUCACUUUUAUUAAGUUUACUUGUGGCCACCUGGCAGUUGGCUGUGCUGAUUCACACGUCUAUUUCUACAAGAAGAGCAGUCUCAGUCACACAAUUCCAAUCAAUAAGCCAAUAUCAGUGUAUUCAACUGAUAAAUUCAUCAUGAUUGGCGGCCAUAGGCAUGUUAAGAUACUUGGACAUGAUUUGGUUGAAUUGAAAGCCUAUGGAAUCAAGAGACCAGCCGUAAACUGCUAUAUCUGGAACAAUGAGUAUUUUGUAGCAUUCACUGAUAUAGUCAAAGUAUUCAAUAAGGAGAAACAGGUUGUCUGGUACAACUAUAAUCUGCCUAAUGCAUGGUAUAUCACUGAUAAUGCUGAUACUAACAGUAUAAUAGUAGGAAAUAGCCAACAAAUCAAGGUACUCCAAUUUGUGAAGAGGAGUAUUCCAUCAAAGGCUGAAAUGGUCAAACUGAAGGAGAUGCACCUGAUUAAGAGCAAUUGGGUCGAAUUAAUGAAAGUGGAGGAGGAUGAAAGAAAGGAGUUCCAAUUGCUGUAUAAGGAGUACAACAAGGCUAUUCUGAAGAACGUGAAUGAUAUUGGUGAAAUGUUGGUUAAGAAUGGGCAGAUUAAGGAUACUGAGAUGUUCAAUAGGGUAUUAGGAGAGGUGAAAUACGAUAAGAAGUAUAGAGAAAGAGUAUUGAGAAUAAUUGGUAAGCAGAAGGGUGCUAUUGGAAGAAUUAUCAGGGAAAUGGAGGAGUCAAACGGGUUUAUAGGGAAGAAUGACUAA